UUUGUUUUCGUUUUUCCGCCGUUCGGACGUUUGUUGCGGAAUCGCGUUCAUCCAUCGUUAAAUUUUAAAAGCGAAAUAUUGCACUAUUAUAAAUAUUACAACGAAUCAAGGUGAUUAUAAAUACUUGGAAAAAUCAAAGCUACAAAUAUCUAAAAAGUACUAAGUAAAAAACUUAAAAUUAUCAAGAAAAAAAAUGGCGGCUCAGCAAACAAUAAAGAGGUGUCGCGACAACAACUAAGCAAGAAAUUCAGCUUAAAAGAAACCAACGAAAAAACCGUCAACAUUUUCGUCUGCCCCAAAAAUUAAUCUGGUUUUUAUGUUUUACUCGCGCGUCGCAGACAUAAAAUAAAGACAACAACAAACAGUGAGAUUUCUGUGUGUGUGCGUUUUAUUCCGUUUGUUUGUCUCCUGUUUUUGUGGAAAAGGCCAUAAAAAACGUGAAAUUCAUUAAGCUACAAAAGCAACAAUUACGUGCAUUUUACAUUGUUUACAUUUUGUGUGCCAGCAUUCGUUACGCUUUUGAUUUAUGUGAUUUGUCGAAAGAAAAGGAGAGGAGGAGGAGCCGUUAGCUAAAAAUCUGGAAAAUAGUUCAUUUUACUAAUUAAGAGUCGGCGAAGAUACGGCCCCGGCGGCCAGUAGUGGGCCAUAAUAAUCAUGCAUCGUUCGCUGAAGCCGCAUGCAUCCACCGCACAGGCUAAGAAGGUGCAACCGCCCACGAUUCCAGGGGAUUUGCCGCAGGAAUCGCACUAUCAGCAGCCACAGUUGCUGCAGCAGCACCACCACCAGCAGCACAAUCACCAUCACCCGCACCACCAACCGCUGAUACCGCUCUAUCGGCUGAGCGGACCGCUGCGACAUUACCAGAACUACCAGGCGGACGAUGGGAUCAGCAUGAGCGGCAGCAGCAUCGUUUCGUCGCCCUCGCUGGAGGAGGGUGGCUUCAAUUUGCCCCGGGAGACGAGUGUGGCCCUGCGGCUCAAGGAUGAAGUGGGUGGCGGCUCGGCGGUGGCCCCCUCGCCCGGAGGAGGAGGUGGCGUAGGAGCACCGGCGGUGGGAGCACCCCCUCCAGGAGCUGGUAAAGCUGGAGUUGCCAUGGUUCCGCCACCACCCGUUUUCUGUGCCACUCUUCGCGAACCUUUGACCCACAAGGCGGCGGUCUACUACCACCAGCAGCUGGCUCUGCAGGAGGAUCAGGGCAUCGAUCUUACCCAAUCGCCUGGCCGAGAUUCCCCCGGUUCGUCCUCGGGCUCUGCGGGCUCGGGAUCCCGUCACAGCACCGCCAGUUUGGAUUCGGGACGGGCUUCCUCCUACCUGACUGGUGUCUCCUCGUCGGGAGCUUCGAUUCGGGCACCGCUCUCCUCACCGCGCUGCAGUUCCGUGAGCUCCUGCUCCAUUGGCAGCGUCGAUCGGCAGCGGAACGAUGAGCUCAUCAUCGACUGGCUGCUAGAGAUGAAGCACGAGGAGUACGCCCAACUGUUCAUCGCCGCGGGCUACGAUCUGCCCACCAUUGCGCGCAUGACGCCGGAGGAUCUCACCGCCAUUGGCAUCAAGAAUCCGCAUCAUCGCGAGCGGAUCAAGCAGCGGAUCGACAAGCUUCAGGUGCUCGACAAUUUGCCGCAUUUUGUGCCGGGUUCCAUAGAGGAAUGGCUGCAGCUGUUGCGUCUGGAGGAGUACAUUCAGCCGUUACUGGAGCAGAACUACAAGACAGUGCGCGACGUAACCCAAGUGACUUGGGAGGAUCUCGAGGACAUUGGCAUUGUCAAGUUGGGCCACCAGAAGAAAAUCCUGCUGGCCAUCAAGCGGGUAAAGGACAUCAUUAGUGGCAAGUGGAACCCAGGCGGCGCCAAUGCCUACCAACAGCAGGAGUACCAGCGGAAGCCCUGGCAAUUCAAUGUGCCCAUACCCAGUACGCCAUCCUAUGUGCCAACCACUCGCGUCUCCUGGGACGACACGAAAAUCUACGCCACCAGCAGUGUGUUGAAUUCCACUGCCCCAGCCGCAGCCCCCAGCUGGAUCAACAGCGGCCUCGCCAACGGAGACGCCUACUACUGCACGGGCAGCAAUCAUGAGUGUUGCUCGGGCAACGAUGUGGUGCUCAUUAAGGUGCGACAGCCGCGCGGCAAGAGCCUGGAAUCGCUGGAGGACAUCCACGACAACAGCACACGCAGCCAUCUGACCUUCAGCCAUUACACGACCACGGACUACGGCCACUUUGGACCGCCCACAACAGCGGCGGCUGCGGCAGCGAUGGCCGCGGCUGCAACGCUCCAGCAGCAGCAGCACCACCAUCAGCAGCUGCUCCACCAGCAACAGCAGCAGGCGGCGGCCGCCCGUCUCCUGGGUAGCAAUCCGCCGGCCAUUGGAUGGCGGCGGUCCUACGACGACGGCGACAUCACACCCACCAACGAUGCCACGAGGGAGCUGCUCUACGAGCAGGAGGGCGGUGGCACGCUGCCGCGCCAACAGCGGGGCAUUCUUCAACGGGCGGUGCUAAACACUAUGCCGCCACUGGAGCACCACCACUACAUGAACGCGGCGGCCGCCGCGGAGUAUGGAGCGGCCAGCGGAGUGGAAGGAGGAGCGAAUUAUCUGAGCGGAAGUCCUUUGACCGGCAAGAAGAUAGCUCCAGAGCCACCCAGACGCCACUGCAGCAUACGCAACUCCCGCACGCUGAGCGGAGAGGGAGUUCCGCCGGGAUCGGUUGCCCAGGUGCAUCAGCAGACAGCCCAACAGCAGCAGCAGCAGGCACAGCACAUGUUCUAUGGCCACACGGGGCAGCACUGGCAGCAACAGCAGGCGGCGGGAGCGGGGAGUGGUCAGCAGCCCAUCUACGCAAACUAUGCCACCAUUCAGCAGACCACGGCGGAGAUACACUGCGAGAAAUAUCACGACAAUAAGUCGACUUCCAGCAUCGAUUCCAUUGACACGAUACCGUUUGCCAACGAGAACACAGGGACGAUCAAGCAGCGUCUACUCAACCGCCAGGAGUUGCAGGGCGGCGGAGCGGGCACAAACAAUGCCCCUGGCGGCGGCGGGGGUCAUCCCGUUCACCUGCACUCCUCCAGCUCGAGCUCCAGCUCCUCCUCCACGAAUACCAUUGCGAACAUAGCGCACUCGUUCCACUCGCUGAAAUCUUCCAGUUCGCUGCAUGAUGCAACCUUGGCGCGGAGUGAAAGCAUGGGUAGCACGGCCAGCGGUGGAAGUGCCCUGCACCUGCGCUCACCCACUUUGGAUAUGUCCAAUUCCGGAGGAUCAGCGGUUGAGGCCAUAAGUUCGCCGGACUCCGUUGUUCCAGCAGUGGCCAUUAACAGCGGCGUUCCGCCGAAAGUUUCGGUGAACGUGCUCAACGACAUAGGCAACAUGCUGGCCAAUCUCACGGACGAACUGGACGCUAUGCUGGAGGAGGAGAAGCGAGUGGGCCUCAACAUAGACAGUGAAUAAAUCUCCAAUCAAACAACAAAUUGUAGUGUAGCUGAAUUUUCCGGUAGAACUUGUGGUGUAUCUUGUAACGUUUUAUGUACUUCAACUUAGUUAAGUUCAACUUGUUUUUGUAUUUGUUAUUCCGAUUUCGUAGGAAAGAAGAUUCUUGUUUAGUUGUAUUACGUAUCAUUUCGAUAUACACAUUGUGUAGUAAAGAGUAAACUAAAACUGAAAAGCUUUCGACGAACCAUGUAUACUUUUGUACUUUUCCUAAACUCUCUCGUCCCAUUCCCAACAAAAUAUGAGUGUUAACAAUUCAAAAUGAAAAUAUCCAAGUAAACGAUGAAUGGUAAAAGAAGCGAAACAUGCAUAUAUGCAAAAAUUGCAUAGUUAUUAUAUAGCAUAAAAUAUAAUUAUAUAUAUAAAUAAAUAUUUAAACAAAAUCAUUUAUAUGGACAAGUAUUUAGUGGUCUGAUACUAUACGACAGAGAAAAGCAAGGAAUGAACCACAAGGCACACUCUUAAACACACACAAUUAAAAUCAGACAAGAACUACUAUUUAGGAUCCCCUUCAGACAAUUUCAAAUUGCAUUUAUCUAUAAUUUUUCAUUUUUUUUCUAUUUACACUUUUUUUGAAUCAGCCUGCACAGACAUUUUUCUGUUUGUUAUGAUUACAACUGAAAUCAAACUAUAUGAAAUGAAUGUAUAAUUAAGUGUUAUUCCAUACAAAGUAAAAAGAUGCAUUAUAUAAAAUAUAAAUAUUAUAUUAGCGUUAUAUUAAGCAAGCAAGAAUAGAAAGAGGAGAUCGAAUCCAUCUUUAUAAAUUAUGUUUAAACGGGCAUUGAUGCUGAAUAACGUAUAGAAUUCCGUGGUAUACACUCAAAUUGCCUUCUUCUUUAUAAUUUACAUAAAUAAAAAUCUUUUAGUAAAAACA